UAAUAAUGCGAGCAACCAUGAAACCCGUAAUCAUCAACAUCAUCACAAUCAUUAUCCUUUCUCUAACAUCUUCCAGCUUACUCGAGUGCCUUGAUGGAAAAGGUGGUAAUCUUGCAAUAGGGAAACCUGCAUCACAAUCGUCAGACUAUCGUCAAGGCGAGGCGGACCAUGCCGUGGAUGGGAACCCAAACCCCAGCCAAGCAGAUUCACAAUCCUGCACCCAAACCAAAGAGGAGUCAUCACCCUGGUGGUUUGUAGAUCUCAAGUCGCAGUAUCGUGUGAAGAACAUCAUUAUUAUCAACAGGUCCGAUAACUGGGGCGGCCGUCUAAAAGACUUCCAUGUGACCAUAACGGAUGUGAAGCCACCAGACGGUUUCUCCUCUGGCAAAGUAUGCUACAAUCAGCACGAUGCAGCCAAUGACGGCCAGAAAUUUAACAUAUCAUGUUAUGAUCAAGUAGGGCGGUUUGUUGGUGUGGGGCUCAGGUCGAUCGGAAUCCUGAGUCUGUGUGAAGUGGAAGUAUACGGAAAGAAGUUGGGCGACUACGUGUAUGAUGCAAUACCAGUGUCACAGGAGCUCAAGCCAGUAGCAACAAAACCAGCGAGGUCACCAAUAGAAUGCAGCUUGUGGUGCUUGGGGUGCCUGAACUGUCUCGAGUUCUCCUUCGCGAACGGGGAGUGUCGUAUGUACGGUAAAGACGUCAUCGCUGGGACACCGUCAGUCACUAAGCGGUACAAGAAGAUGUGGUUAGUGUCGCGUUGCGUUAACACCGAACUACUUUUUGUUCACACUGUAAUCACUCAUCCCAAAUCCAUCGCCGUCAAGUUAGUUUGUCGCUCGUCAUUAGUGAAUUAUUUGUUGGCUUCACCGGAGUGUGUCUGUGGGGCCUUACCUACGCUUACGUUAAUAAUGCGAGCAACCAUGAAACCCGUAAUCAUCAUCAUCAUCACCAUCAUUAUCCUUUCUCUAACAUCUUCCGGCUUGCUCGAGUGCCUUGAUGAAAAAGGUCCUAAUGUUGCAAGAGGAAAACCCGUAUCACAAUCGACAACUCUUCCUGGCGCCGAGGCUGGCAAAGCCGUGGAUGGGAACCGCAACCCAAGCAGAUACCAGGCUGGAUCCUGCUCCCACACCAUUAAAAAUCACCCAUCACCACCUUGGUGGUUUGUCGACCUCAAGGAGCGCCAUUUUGUGAGGAACGUCACUAUUAUCAACAGGUCCGAUACCUUCGGCUACCGUCUUAGAGACUUCGACGUGAUCAUAACGGAGGUGGUGCCACCAGGUGGUUUCUCCUCUGGCCAGGUAUGUUACAGUCAUCAAGGAGUGGCUGCGGAUGGCCAGAUAUUUGACCUACAAUGUCAUGGUGAAGUAGGGCGGUUUGUUGGUGUGAGGCUCAGGGCUGAAGGAGUCCUGUGUCUGUGUGAAGUGGAAAUAUUCGGAAGGAGUCUGGCCUACGUAUAUGAUGCAAUACCAGUGUCACAGGAGCUCAAGCUGGUAGCAACAAAACCAUCGAUGUCACUAUCAGAAUGCAGCUUGUGGUGCUUGGGGUGCCUGGACUGUUACGAGUUCUCCUACGCGAACGAGGAGUGUCGUAUGUACGGUAAAGACGUCAUCGCUGGGACACCGUCAGUCACUAAGCGGUACAAGAAGAUGUGGUAAUCGCACAGGCAACGGCAGCAGACUAUAUGAUCAUCAAGACUCUGCUGUAUGAAAAAGCCACAGUUUGCGUAUACUCUAUCGCUCAAACGUCAACAUUUCAACCACACUCCGGCGCAGUAAUAGUGUGUGAUGAAGCGGUCCUACUGUCACUGCUUGAAUUUAUUGGCCGCCAUUGAAUCUGAUGCUGAAAUCGCUGAAAUAGGGUAUAAAUUG